AUGGCCGCGGCCGCCUGCGGCGCCAAGGCCGUGUUGCUUUUUAAGCGCACGUGGGUGCUGAGCCCCGCCGCGGCGCCCCGGAGCCCGGGCACAGGCGCCCCUACGCGGGGCUGGCCCUGCAGGGACUGGCCUCGGGGAGAGGGCGUCUGCAGCAGGCUGCGGAGCCCGGCGGCCGGCAGUCGCUGGCCGCAGCCCCACUCGUGCUGCCCCGCGUCCCCUACCGCCGUGUGUCUUCUCUGCCCGCAGGACUCGCUCAGCAGUAACCUGAAGACGUGCUACAAGUACCUGAAUCAGACCAGCCGCAGCUUCGCAGCUGUCAUUGAGGCGCUAGAUGGGGAAAUCCGCCAUGCAGUGUGCAUAUUUUAUCUGGUUCUCCGAGCUCUGGACACUCUGGAAGAUGACAUGACCAUCAGUGUAGAAAGAAAGGUCCCACUGUUACACAACUUUCAUACUUACCUUUACGAACCAGACUGGCGGUUCAUGGAGAGCAAGGAGAAGGAUCGACAAGUGCUAGAGGACUUCCCAACGAUCUCCCUCGAGUUUAGAAAUCUGGCUGAGAAAUAUCAAACAGUGAUUGCUGACAUUUGCCGGAAAAUGGGAAUUGGGAUGGCAGAGUUUUUGAAUAAGCAUGUGACCUCAGAACGUGAGUGGGACAAGUACUGUUACUAUGUUGCUGGACUGGUAGGAAUUGGCCUUUCCCGUCUGUUCUCGGCCUCAGAGUUUGAAGAACCCUUAGUUGGUGAAGAUGUAGAGCGUGCCAACUCUAUGGGCCUGUUUCUGCAGAAAACAAACAUCAUUCGUGAUUAUCUGGAAGACCAACGAGAAGGAAGAGAAUUUUGGCCUCAAGAGAUUUGGAGCAGGUAUGUUAAAAAAUUGGGGGAUUUUGCUAAGCCAGAGAAUAUUGACUUGGCCGUGCAGUGCCUGAAUGAACUUGUAACCAAUGCGCUGCACCACAUCCCAGAUGUUAUCACCUACCUUUCAAGAAUCAGAAACCAGAGUGUGUUUAACUUCUGUGCUAUUCCACAGGUAAUGGCCAUUGCUACCUUGGCUGCCUGUUAUAAUAAUCAGCAGGUGUUCAAAGGGGUAGUGAAGAUUCGGAAAGGGCAAGCAGUAACCCUGAUGAUGGAUGCCACCAAUAUGCCAGCUGUAAAAGCUAUAGUAUGCCAGUAUAUGGAAGAGAUUUAUCAUAGAAUCCCCAGCUCAGACCCAUCUUCUAGUAAAACAAAACAGAUCAUCUCCACUAUCAGGACGCAGAAUCUUCCCAGCGGCCAGGUGGUCUCCCGAAGCCACUACUCCCCUAUUUAUCUGUCAUUUGUCAUGCUCUUGGCUGCCCUGAGCUGGCAGUAUCUGAGUACCCUGUCCCAGGUCACAGAAGACUAUGUUAAAACCGGAGAACACUGAUUUGGAGUUUGUUCAGAAGCUAAAGUUCAUCACGAAAUGGAUUUACCUCUUCUUCAAUGGUGGAUGUUGGCUUCCUUGUAUUUUUUCCUACUUUAAUCCCUAAAAGAACUCUGUGUGGCUUGGACCUUUAGAAACUGAAGUGCAGUCGAGAAUAGAAAACUGAAAGGAAAGGGGCACCUUGCCCUCAGCAGCCUUGUCUUGGGGUGGCAGUCACUGCCACUUCUGUGGCUGAUGGCAGAGCCCUCAUGGCUGCAUACAGGACUGUCGCAAGAUCUCACGUAGUAUGAAUCCUGGCUAGCAUUAUAAGUAAAUGUAUGUAAUUUGAAGUAACUUUUGAAUACCUAUCAUAGAAAAUGAAGUGAACAAUUUUUCUGUCUGGUUCCUGUUUUUCUCAUUUGUUUUCUUUAAUUGGUAUGAAUGGAUGUUUAUAAUUCUAGGUAAUGUUACCGUGUUCCCUAAGAAUACAAAUUUGUCUUCUGCACAUGAAGGCUGAGAAUAAAAUUCUGGAUGUUCUGGGA